AUGCCUUUAACAAGUGCUUAUCUUGAUUCAUAUAAUACAAAUAUUGAUCGAAUGAAUACUUGUGUUAUGUCGGCUGUUUAUUCGCCAGAUAAUACACGUUUAAUUGCAGGAGAUGAUCAAGGUCGUUUAGGAUUAUUUUAUUCUUCACCUCAAAUAUCAACAAAACCAAUAUUUCUAACAACUCUACCUAAUACACAUCAUUCACAAAUAAAUUCUCGGACUAAUAAUAAUAGUAAUAAUAAUAGUGUUUCACUUGCAUCAUCCGUUAGUGAAAUUUUAAUUGUUGUUGGUGGUAGUAUUCAUAAUGGACUUGUACAAGGUUAUCGUUGGUCGGACAUAAUGUCAAAUAAAAAAACACAACAAUUACCAUCAGAUGCAUUUUCAUUUGAUCUUGCACGAGGACCAAAUGAAAUAUUUGCUUGUGUUCAAGCACCAUCAAAAAAACAAUUUCAAAAAACCGAUGAAAUUAUUAUUGGAUCAAGUAUUGGAACAUUAAGAGUAUUAAAUAUUGAACGACAAACAUUAGUAACAACAAUUGAUGCUGCUCAUAAAGGAGUGAUACAUCAAGUAGCGUUUGCUAACGAUGGAAAACGUGUUGCAUCUUGUUCAGAAGAUGGAACAUGUAAAAUUUGGGAUUUAUCAUCAUCACAUCAACCAAUUCAUACAAUUGAAACAAAUAAAUGGAUAAGUUGUUGUGCAUUUGAUAUGGCUACAGAUCGUCUUGUCAUUGGAGGUGAUUGUCCAUUAUCACUUUGGCAUUUAGCUAUGUUAAGUUCAUCAACAAAACAAAAACCAUUACUUGUUUAUAAUUCUAUUCCAACACCAAUUUAUUCAUUAGCAUUAUGUUCUGUUGAUGAUGAUACCAUACUUGUUGGUGGAGAUACAAAUAAAUUAUAUUCCGUACCAAAGAAUGGUGAUGAACAAACAAUGACAAUAAGUCGUCCAACAACACCAUCGCCUAUUUAUACGAUUGCCACAACAAUAAAUAAAAAUUCAACAAAAGAAAAUGAAGAUAUUAAAGUUGCUGUUGCUGGCAGUCAUUGGCAUAUUGAUUCAUUUACAAUAACAGAAACAAAUAUACGAAAGAUUGGACAUUAUGAAUUUUCUAAAUAA